GGAAAAUAAGGAUUUUUUAAAAAUGCGCACGACCGUUAAGUCGAUAAAUUAUCCAUGUUUUAGCGACAUAACUCCUGGAAAGUCUAUUUUUAACAUUUACACCCACUGGGCUGAUGUUAUGAACAGCAAUAUGAAUUUCCAGUUUAGAAAAUGAUUUUUUUCCGAUUAUUUCACCGUCACCUGAAUGCCUCGUUUUCACUCCUCCUUCCCGCCUCUGAGUCCGGAAGAGAUCCCGACACCGACUCGACUGACAGGACUGUUUCCACCUGAAACCGGCUGAAAGGUCAGAUAAAACUAAAACCACUGAGUACGGUAUAAAGUUUUAAUUUAUCUCCGAACUAAAGUGAACCAAAAUGAACAUUAGCAGCGUCUAAAGUCUUCUGUUAGCUUAGCAGCUCAUGCUAGGCUCGGUAUGUUCAAGCUAAAGUUUUAAUACGAACCGAUUUUAAUGUGUUUGAAUAUUUUACCGUUAAGUUAUAUAUUUUAACUCCUGUCGGUGUAUCUGUUGGGCUUCAGAGAAAUUGCUUAAUAAACUGUUAAAGGCUAAAGCUAAAUGUGCAUUUAAUGGUGAAUUAAGGAACAUAUAAUCUUUGUGUUAAAAUGUCACCAACUUCUUCAUUUAUAACUGAACUAAAAAUACCACCUUUAUUAUUUUAAUGAACGUUUUUACACGUCUUUGUCCAGAACAUAACCUAAACUGUCCUACUUGUUGGAUUUUACAUUAAAAAAGGUUCAAAGUAAAUACAUUUUCCACUGAUAUUGAAUUAUUGCAGGUCCAGUUAUAUUUAAGCUUAAGUCUGAUUUAAACCUCUUCUAACUUUAUAUAAAUCACUGUUAGGGCUGGGCGAUAAAACGAUAACGAUACAUAUCAAACACUUAUUUCCUUCAAUAUCAAUAUAAAACAUGAUUGAUAAAGUUUUCUGAUAGUCGGCAUUCUGACAUGUUUUGGUCGAUUAUACGAAGAGUCGGACUGGGACGAUAUGCUUUUCUCCCGAUUUGAUUCUUCUACGAUUUUUUUAUGCAGAUUCGAUUUAAAUUGAAAUAAAUUCUACGAUAUUGUCGAUUUUCUCGAUUUUUAGUGUGUAUUUUUAACACCAGUGAAACAGUUAAAUGACUAUGAUUGUCUACUGACUAUCCCAGGAACCAGAUUUCCCCAAAUAAUACACAUCAGUAAGUCCGUUUUUAAGAUUCAUUCUUAAAGUAAAAAAAAUGUCUGGAUGGGUGUGUCCUCAGCUAAAGGAGGUAACAAAGGAAGCAUAAGCCUGGACCUGGUCUUUUCUCUUAGUCAGGAUUAAAACGAUAACGAUAUAUAUAUAUUGGGAAUUAAUUUCCCUCAAUAUCAAUAUAAAACAUAAUCAAUAUGCUUUUCAAUAGUCGGCAUUUCUGCCAUGUUUUGGUCGACUAUACGAACAGCCAAUGAAAAGGGGAGUUUCUCUUGGUCCGCUUCACUCUGAACCAAUCAUGUUCUGAAUUAGAACCGAGUAUCAACCAACUGCGUCGUAGCAGACAGCAGCUCCACCCAACCAAACCUCCAGGUCAUCAUCAACACUUGUAAUGUUUGAUAUUUCUGUCCUCAGGUGACUCACCUGGAGCGAGGAGUCCCAGUCAUGGAGCGAGUGAUGGGAGGAGGAGGAGGAGGAGCUCUCCAGCUGGUUUUAGCAGGAGCCGGGAUCUGGCUGCUUUAUAAGAUGUUGGUCCGCCUCAGACCAGGAGCUGAUCUGCAGGAUUUGGUGGUGGUCAUUACAGGGGCGAGCUCAGGACUAGGAAAAGGUCAGCCUCUACAAAUCAGGUCCCACUGGUGCCCGGCGUUUGUCUCAAAGUUUUAACCUUAAAAAAACGUACAAAGGGACUUUUAUCAGGUCUGUGGAACUAAAACGGGUUUUCUUCAGGGUCUGGGCUUUUAUUUUAUUUUGUAUUUAUUUAACCAGAUAAGUCCCUUUGAGUUCAGGGUGUUGAAACAGACUCUCCUGUACCACACUGAAGUGACUCGGUUUCCUCAUGUUCCCUUCAGAGGUCAGAUCACUCUGAAAACACGUUCUCUGGUUUUUGUUGUUGCAGAGUGUGCGCGGGUCUUCCACGCUGCAGGAGCCCGGCUGGUGCUGUGUGGUCGAGACCCGGCUCGCCUGCAGCAGGUGGUCCAGGAGCUCAGAGCCGGCUCCGAGAGCUCGCAGAGACAGGUGUGUACCUGCUGAUGCUGGGUUGGUCCACAGAAUUAUUAAAGCUGGUUUGUUACCUGAUGAAGUCGGACUGAUUUAAGGUCAUCCUGAUCUGUUUAACCUCGCAGACCCACACUCCUAAAACUGUGACCUUUGACCUGGCUGACGCAGCCUCAGUGGGCGGAGCCGCAGAGGAGAUCCUGAAGUGUUACGGACAGGUGGACGUGCUCAUUAAUAAUGCUGGAAUCAGUUACCGUGGCAACAUACUGGAUACCCACGUAUCGGUUCAGCGGGAGGUUAUGGAGACGAACUACUUUGGACCGAUCGCUCUGACCCAAGGUGAGACGAAGGUGAUCGUAAAAGAGCAGCGAGUGUUUUUGUACCUGUGGAGGUUUACAGAGUUUAAAACUCAAUUUAUCCAAAGUGGAAUUAAAGUUCAGUGUCUCCUCUCUCGUCUCCUCGCAGCUCUCUUACCCGCUAUGGUUCAGCGGCGGAGCGGCCACAUCGUGGUCAUCAGCAGCAUCCAGGGAAAGAUCUCCAUCCCGUACAGAUCAGCCUGUGAGUCAACGACCCGAAACAAACACCUGACCGCCUUCCUCACCCGGUCCUGUCGCUGAACUCUUUUCAUCUCUCUUUUAUCAGACGCAGCCUCCAAACACGCCACCCAGGCUUACUUUGACUGUUUGCGGGCAGAGAUGGAGCGCUACGGGAUCCUGGUGACCGUCGUCAGCCCGGGUUACAUCAGAACCAACCUGUCGGUCAACGCCGUCACCGGAGACGGGUCCAAGUACGGAGGUGACGCGAGAAAAGUUCCCUCAGACUUUCACUUGUUGAAUGUUCCCUUUAAUUAAUCAGAGGGAGCAGAAGUUAAUGGACCCAAACAUGACCUGGGAGUGUUUUAAAUGACCUUUGACCUUUGAGCGCCCUGCUUGACUUUCCCGCUUUUGUCCGUUUUCCAUCACAGUCCUGCUCUGGAGCCAAAUUAUGCAAAUAGUCCGAGUGGUUUCCUUGAGCUGUGAGGACAGUUUUAAAAACGUGAAAUAAGAACGAUAGAAAAGGAAAUAACAGAAAUGAUGAUAAACAUUUUAAAACUUCUUUCUUCACUUCUUAGUUCUGGAUAAAACCACAGCAGCGGGUCGGGACCCCCAGGAUGUGGCUCGGGCCGUCCUGAAGGCCGUCCGUCACAGGAGCAAAGACGUCAUCCUGGCGGGAGCGGCGCCCACUCUGGCGGUCUACCUCCGCACGCUGUGGCCCGCUCUCUUCUUCACACUCAUGUCCUCCAGAGCCCGCAAGGAGCAGAAACCUAAAGACGAGUGACUCAGGAGACAAGAGGAGGACUGAGGAGGGUGGAAGGGUGCUGACGAAGGCUGCGAGGAGAGAGGAGGCGUGAACAGAUGUAGCUCCUCACUAACAGACCGGAUCAGGGCGGUCUGCAGAGUCAAACACCUGAACGUGGUGCGAAGUCUCAAAGUUCAGUUUUAAGUUACUGUGAUCAGAAAAUCCUCCAUGAAUGAAAAACUUGAGGUUCUCCUGCAGCAGAGAUGAUGUGACAGAUCUCAGAGCGAGGUCAGACCGGGGUGAACGUCUCAGAGGAGGUUUCUGUUGUGUAAUAAAGCAGAGCUGAUGUUCAGACGUCCUCCUGUUCCCCGCCUGUUAUUAAAGCCAUGGUUUGCAUUUCUAACUCCUCUCUUUGGCAGAGAACCUCCUGGGAAACCUCGAGACACGCCUUAAACUGUUGGUUAUGAGCUCCAGGCUUUCAGCUCUCCAGGUACAACAACGAACAUCUGAACAGGUUUGAGACAAAGAGCGGGACACGCCGACAGGUUUUAUCACCAUCUUUAUACACAGAAUAAAAACACCUCUUACAAACUGAAAA